AUGCGCAUAAAACAAGAGGAAGACGAGGAUAUGGCUCCGAAGCUGUCUCAGCAUGGCCGAGGUUUCGCGAACGACAGCCAACAGUUUGAAGAGAAUAGAAGAUCCGGCGAAGACCAGCGAGAUCAUAAUGACGAGGAUGAGCCGCCUUUGGCUCCUUUGACUGACAAGACUCGCGACGCUAUGUUAAGAAAUGAAGGCCUUAUUCUCAGCAUAGAGGUUGACAAUGCGGAGGAGGAUCAGUCUCCGGUGGACAUGCCCUCUCUCCUCCACGACAAUGACGACUUACGUACCCUGGCACCAGGUGCAAACUCAGAAGACGGUGUUGAGGACGAGCAUCUUGAAACCGACGAAGACCUCGACGAGGAACUUGACAUCGAAUCUGAGGAGGAUCUUCUCAUCAACGCGCACGACCUGCGUGAUUACAUGAAACAUAAGCGGACCACCCCUGGUAUUGACAACUGGCCAAGCGAUGCUCGUCGACUUUAUAAGCUGCUUUAUCUGCGAGGUUUAUACCCGCUGAUGCCAUCUGAUUGGGGUGCCUGGGGCCUCCGCGAUCACCCCGUGCCGUAUGGGCUCUUUAUGCCAGUGGACAGUGAUGGAAAGGCCCUCAUCAGAGCCGAAAAGAGCGACUAUCAUGCCACGAAAGCACUUCGAGGUCUCUUCGAGCUUCAUACCCGUAUCAGAGCCUAUCGUCAAGGCGGUCAGCACGACAAGAUCGCACCCCUGGUCAGCAACGAGAUUGGGCGAUACGUCUGCUGGGCAGAGAAGGACGCUAACCUUUUCGGCACACACGACUAUACCAGUCCGGUCUUCACCGUCACCUUCACGAAUUUCCAUGCGGCCAGCAGUGGCCAGAUCGUGGUGGAGAGGUGCCAGUCGUUGAUUCGAAGCUAUCGGGCCAAGUGGAUCCAGCGCGGCACCAACCACUAUCCUCGCCUCAUCACCAUCUUCGUCGUGAUUCAGCACAUUGUCUUGAUCUUUACAGCAGACACGGAUCAGGACAAUGACGAAGAGCCGACCCCCUUUGCCGAGCUCGACGUGUCAAAGAAGACCCAUUGGUUGGAUUCUUCACUAGCCAUCGCCAUCUCGGUGAUGCUGGCACGGGAGUCUCUCGUUGCCCACCGCGAGUACUUCCCAAAGCGCAAGCACGUGGAGGCUGACCGUGAUCUCUGA